GUGCGCUACUUCAAUUUCGGCUUUCAGAACAAAAAAGUCCUUGCUUUCACCCUCAGCUGGCUUCCAAGUCCUAUAGAGGACGAGAUCAAGGAUGUGGACGGCCAGUUUCUGGAGUGGCCGUACUUCAGUCAACCUUGGGUGGAAACGACCGUUCCCAUCAAGCUCCUGGCCUCACUGCACUUUCUGCCGCGGGAGGACCACUGGCUGACCGGGAGCAUGAAGCUGAUCGGGAACAUGACAGAAGCGAACGGCCCUCUCAAGGUGUGGUCUUCGUUGAACUUCACUGCACACACCGUUCCCGCAAGGCCACGGAUUCCCGGCAUCCUGAACAAAACUUUCACCGUCGAGGAACUCGCGACUGCCUUCCUCUCUGAGCCCAAGCUGGCACGGGCAUUGAGCAAUCUUAUCGAGAACCUGCCCCAGUUCAGAUAUGUGAUCGGCAACAGGCUGAGGUCCGUCACGGAGAAGGUGAACUCCAAGUCCUCUCGAUCCGCCCGGAUGGAGGAAGUCAGGAGGAUCAGCCGCGAGCUGUCCGUCCAAUUCUUGCAGCCCUUAUUGAAGGCUCGCAUGGGGACCAAGGCCGCCGACCUCCGGGGUCUCAACGCGCAUCUCGGUGGUGGCGUCAGCUGGAACUCCUCCAACAACGGCCUUGCCAGGGCGAGCUUCCAUCCCAAAGAGCUCAAGUUACUGGGCAGGCAUGCGAAGCAGAGCGACCCCUUCGGUGAAGUCUGA